AUGGCCUCCACCCGUCUCAUCGCAGUCGUCGGUGGCACCGGCGCCCAAGGCAUCCCCGUCGUCCGCGACCUCGUUCAAUCGGGCGCCUACACCGUCCGCGCCCUAACGCGCGACUCCUCCUCACCCCGGUUUCAAGAACUGCAAUCCUUCGGCCCCGUCACGCCCGUGACCGGGACUUUCGCGUCCGAAGCGGACCUGCGCGCGACAUUUCACGGCGCAUGGGGCGCCUUCGUCAACAUCGACGGCUUUAACGCGGGCGAAAAGACGGAGAUGUUCUGGACGAUGCGGGCAUAUGAGCUAGCCCUCGAGGCCGGCGUGCGCUUCUUCGUGCUCGCAAGCCUGGACUACGCCACCAAGAAGGCCGGCUACCGGCCCGAGUUCCGCGCCGGCCACUACGAUGCCAAGGGCCGCGUCGGCGAGUGGAUCCUGCGGCAGAACCGGGAUAACGCGGCGACGCGCAUGGCGGCCGCGCUGUUCACGACGGGGCCAUACAUUGAUAUGGCGAUCGCGCGGGACACGGUGAUGACACCGACGGUUGAGGAUGGUGUCGUGACGUGGCGCGUGCCGCUGGGCGAGGACGGAGCCGUGCCGCACGUCGCGCUCGACGACUGCGGGGUUUAUGUCAAGUGGCUCUUCGACCACCCGGAGCGCGCCAGCGGCAUGGACCUCGAGGUCGCCAUCGACCACAUCAACUACCACGACCUAGCAGCCGCCUUCACCAAGGUCACGGGCCGUCCGGCGCGCUACGUGGACGUGGGCUUCGACGAGCACUUCGCCAGCGUCUGGGGGGAGGCGGCGGAUCGGCCCGCAGGCUAUAAUGCGGAUCCGGCCGACGCGGCGACGCUGACGCUGCGGCAGAACUUUACGGGGUUUUGGAUGCUGUUUCGGCACUCGGGCGGGAAUGCUGGGGUGCUGAGGCGCGAUUAUAAGCUUUUGGAUGAGAUUCAUCCGGGCCGCGUGAGGAAUGCGGAGGAGUGGUUUCGGCGCGAGGAGGAGAGGGGCGUGCGCUUGGGACUGGGGAGUCUGUGGGAGAGGGUCCAGCCGGGGAAAUUGGCGCAUGUUUUGAAGGCUCUUGAGGAUGGGAGGGCGGGGAGCUUGUGA